AUGGAAACACAGAGGAUGAAGCUCACAAAGGGAAAUUUGAAGUCAGAUUCGCUUCCGGUUGAUCUCAUGAUGGAGAUACUCAAACGAUUGCCGGUUAAAACCCUAAUUAGAUUCCUCUCCGUAUCUAAGCUAUGGGCAUCCACCAUCCGUAGUCGAGAUUUUAUGAAUUUAUUCAUGAAAGUGUCUUUGACUAGACCGAAAGGUCUCCACUUCUUAUUCGGACAUAGAUUGUCGCAUUUAGACGAUAUCUCAUCGGUUCUUUCCCAGAACGCGCAUGAAUCAUAUUCUUUUACCAAUGUCCACGUGACUGGCAACCACACACAUCGGACCAGCACAUCUCCUUCUGUCCACGGUUUGUUUUGCUAUAAACAAUCUACUACUAGACUUGUUAUAUACAACCCGUGCACUAGACGAUCCAUUACCUUGCCUGAGAUCCAUACACGGAGGAGACGCAUGAUUCGCAUGAACUACUACUUGGGCUAUGAUCCCAUCGACAAUGAUUACAAACUGUUGUGCAUCACGAUAGGAGGUACGCACAAUUUAGCUACAAAGUUUAGGGUUUUGACAGUGGGAAAAGAUAAUUCUUGGAGGGUUAUUGAGAACAAUAUUGGUCCUCAACUUAUCAAAAAAAAAAAAAAUAUUGGUCCUCACGCUCCUUUCGGACAAGGGAGGUAUCUCGGACAAGAGGUGUGUAUCAGUGGCGUUUUGUAUUAUCAAGCUUUGUAUGGCACAAGAAGGGGAGUCAUGUGUUUUGAUGUUAGGUCCGAAAAACUUUAUUUUAUCAAAGGACCUAGCUAUACGUCUUCAAAAUUGACAAGCUACGAGGGUAAGCUAGGUAUAGUUAUCUUCUUUGAAGAAAACGUCCUUAGAUUGUAUACUCUAGAAGAUGCUGCUAGGGAGAAAUGGUGUGUGAAGAAUUUUGUUUUGCCUACAACAGUUCAACUUUUUAAUUGGUAUGGAAAGUUAACUCCCACCACUGAAACUGACACAGGCGAGAUUAUAUUUGCACCACAAUGUUUGCAUGCAUCAGAAUGUAGUCUUCCCUAUUACGACAUGAAGACAAAGAGUGCGAAAACAAUUAAUAUACAAGGACUGCCAGAGAGAUAUUAUGUAACGUCUGUAUCCUCUGGUAUGGUAGAGAAUCUCAUGUUUUUGUAA